AUGGAAGUCUGUGAAGCCCCAGUUAUUGAUGUAGCCGCUUUCCUCGAUAACACCGAGGAGAAGGAAGCUGAAUGCCAGAAAGUACUUGAAUCUCUUAAAGAUUAUGGAAUUCUCAUCAUGAAGGAUCCUAGAAUUGAUGAGAAAGAUAACGAAGAGUACAUCGAUCUUUUGGAAAACUACUUUGAAACUAGAGGAGAAAUGUUCUACAACAAUGAAGAGCUCAAAGAAGCUAGACCAGAGAUUCAUUACCAAGUUGGAGUAACUCCUGAGAAUGUUGAGAAAGCAAGAAAUCACUGUAAAAGAUUCGAGGAUUAUGAAGGACCAAACAAACCUCUUUCCGAAUGUCCCCCUGAGCAUGAUGCGAAAUGGAGGUACUUCUGGCAUAUUGGAGAGAGACCUGAAGACAAGAAGGCUCUUUAUGAGAACAUUGUUCCAGGAGACUUCCCAGAAUGGGAGACUAAGAUGAACAAGUGGGGUAACAUGAUGAUUGGUGCAUGCACAGCUGCUGCUGAAAUGCUCGCUGUUGGUCUCGGCAUUGAUCAAGAUACUUUCUCAAGCAGAAUGAAUCUUGGUCCCCACCUCCUCGCCCCAACCGGAAGUGAUUUAACUAAGAAUGAUAAAGGAACUGUUUUUGCUGGAGUACACUAUGAUCUUAACUUUUUAACUAUCCACGGAAAAUCUAGAUACCCAGGACUCUUCAUCUGGCUUAAAGACGGAACCAAAAUGUCUGUAAAGGUCCCAGAUGGCUGUCUUUUGAUUCAAAGUGGAAUCCAAAUUGAGUGGCUGACUGGAGGAUUCAUCAAGGCUGGCUUCCAUGAAGUUGUCUACACCGACGCUACUAAGGAAAGAGUUCUCAAGAAGCAAGAGGAGAACCCAGACCAUCCAGUUUGGAGAGUAUCCUCUACCCUCUUUUCCCACAUCAGACACGACGUAUCCUUAGCUCCAUUGGAAUGAAUUUCAGACAGAUGGGACGAAGGAGCUAUUGAAAAGUAUUACGAUAUCACCUCAGAGGAAAAGACAAUCGAAGAGUUGAAAGCUAUUAACUUGCACACUGAUGCAGCUGAAGAAUAA